AAAUGUCUGUUAUUAAGGUGUUGUCUAACACAAGAAAGAUAAUAUCACAGAAUAAUGGCAUUAUUGGGAGCUACUUGAAGUUACUUCGACAUGAUGACCUAAAGUGGGGUACAUUAGUUGGUGAGGACAAAUUUGGCAACAAGUAUUAUGAAAACAAAUAUUAUUUCAUUGGUAGAAGUCGUUGGGUGUCUUUCCCACAAUCAGUUGGCUUUGAUUAUGAUGCCAGCCAGAUCCCACCAGAAUGGUACAGGUGGAUGCACUACAUAACGGACGAGCCACCAAGCACCAACCCUCUUCCUCAAAGAAAAUGGAUGGCUGAUUACACUGAAAAUCUCACUGGAACUCCUCAAGAAUAUGUACCUUACACCACUACUAAGCCCAAAAUAGAAGCAUGGGUACCUCCAAGCAAGCAAUAGCCAAGAGUUUUGCGUUUUGUUAGAAUUUAAACCAA